AUGUCGAACGAGAAUUCCAAUUUUCGGCCGCCGAUGCCACCGCCACAAGUCCCUCAUGCACACCACCCAGAGCUCCUGAAAAGGGAGAUGGCACGAGCUCAUGACAAUGGGCUACCCAAUGCCAACCAGUCCAUCCCGCUGGAUGAAGUCAAUGCUCAGUUCAAAAAGCUCAAUCUUGAUCCUGUACUCGUUCGCGGUGCAGCCCAGGAAAAGUUAGACCGGAACCUAUUUCUCCAGAAAGACAACUCUUUUACCGACGAGGAAGAUAGCUAUGACGAGGACGAAGACGAAGACGAAGACGAGGGAAGAGAGCCAUACCAAGGGUGGUCUUUGUAUCGCGCGAAGCCUACCGUACUUGGCCAGGAGCCGGAUUGGUCUCGCGUUACGAAGUCACGAAUGAAUUUAACCCAGGAAGAUCUUCGUAAACUCGUUAAAGGGCAAAAGAAAGGCUCCGUUGCAAAAACCUACAGCAGCCUUGGCCGGUUGAAGCGCAAGCAAAUCGACGACCUGAUAGAGGAGUUAAGAAGGAAAGACGGUCGGUUUAACUGGAACGUUAUUUAUAUCCAAGCCAUCAAUAAGGAAACCGGCCGCCGAGGGUUCACCGCGAUGUUAGUUACUACAACUAUCAAUUUGGUUUUGGAAAAGACGCUAAAGCCCGGCGUUUCAUUGUCACCUCGGAAUUCGCAGAAGAAAUCACCUCGCUUUAAGAAUGACCCAGCAUCCAACGUUAAGGGAAACGUACGAGGCCAACCUCGUCCAAGAGUCUCGUUUCAUUAUGAUGCCUCACAGCCACAUCCUAUCUCGGGAGGUGCUGGAAGCGCUCGGCCUCAGGCCACUCACCCACCCACAUUGCCAUCAUACGCUGGUACGGGUCCAGGACAGGGAGCGCAAGCCGACCCUCGCCCACAGCCACUUCAACAACAACCCCUACCACCCUUUCCGCAACCGCAGCAAGUUCAUCCCCAAGCACAACCCCAGCCCCAACCCAACCUGCAACCACCACCGCCGCCACCACCACUGCCACCAUCACAUCAUCCGCCUCCACAACACUUCGAGAGAUUAUCUGUCCCCAAAGGUGCUUUUCCACCGAUGCAUCCAACGAGACAAGGAAAUAUCCCGCCCGGUGUUCAAGUCGUGAAUGGACCACCACCUCAAUCCCAUCCACAUAUUCCCCCAGUCCCGCCAAUUCAUUCAGUACCUAAUCACCAGUCCUUGCCUCGGCCACUUAAACAAGAGACGCCAGUUCAAGUGAAGCAAAUGCAUGAGGUGCCUGAGAUAGUGCAUGUGGGCAAAAAAAUCACACCCAAAAACAUAUAUGCCGUCGAUCAGUGGCUUGAGGAUAGCAGCAACGGGGAUAAUGAGUCUGAGCUCUUCGAACACGUUGACGAUUCGUCGGAAACUGAUGAUUCGUUCAUCGCUGACGACUUCGAAAGCAAGAAUUAUAGAACUGGAGGAUCACAACAUGCGUCUAGGGAAAGUAACGAGCCCACCUCUGGUUACCGCAGACACCGCCGUCCCGGGUCUAAAUACCCCGCUAGCCCGCGAAGCCGAGAUAGUCAAUAUAGCCGUGGAGAGGUUGAUAUUAUUCCAGCUACAGGCAUGCACCGCGGGCCGCUUAUCCGUUCGGCAUCGGUUUCCUAUAGUUCUCGCCCAUCGUUGAAGUUAAUCCAUGGAGGACGGUCUGCACAGACCUCUAUUUCAUCUCGAGACAAAUCUCCGUUUCGAUAUACAAGCUUGACCAAUGACAUUCUGAUCCAGAGAGAAUGGGAGCGUGAGGAGAUGGAGCGUCAAAAAGAAAUCGACUACAUCUGGAGAAAACGUCUGCAGCUGAAAGAGGACGACCUGAAACGCCGUGAAUGGGACGUGAAGCGUCGUGAGAUGAGAAUGGAGCGAGCCGGGCGUGCUGAGCGUCGAUCAUCCGUCGUUGAUUCCUACGACGAUCAGGAUCGCGGUCGUCGUUCCAAGUUCGAGGCUCCUCGCCGACGCGGCUCGAUGUACCAUGGGGCAGAACGCCCCCUGUUUCGUUAA